GUUUACGUUUACACUUGACAAUUGACAGCGGCUCGUUGUAAAGCAGGUCGAUGCGAGAGCCAAACGGGCUGCUUGCGACAGCUAUGGGGGAUUUAGUGGUGGGCAGCAUAGUCAAAAGCUGCUUCUGUGCUGAAUUUGUGGUUAAAAAUACCGGCAAAUGGCAGAAAAUGCUGUGUUUUGAAAAAUAAAUCUGAAUUGCAUAAUGCAUAAUUUAUUGUACAGAUGUAUGAAAUUUCGAUUGCACAUGCUAGCGGCGCAUAAUGUAAGUUGCUUUUUAGGUCAUCACUUGGCAACACUUUUAAAUGCCAAACAAUUUGUCAUCGAUAAAUUGGAGGUGCGCAUGCUUCCUUUUGACAACGAAGCGCCACCUAACGAGAAGUCCCUACAGCACCAAGCAUUGAAAUACCAUGAAAUAAAGGAUUUAGUGGGGAUUUUCGCAGCAGCUAAUAGUUUCCUGCUGAUUACACCGCCUCCCCAACCCCUAAUAUGUAAAUGCUGUGGAAAAGUGACAAAUGAGCGUAGGAAUUGCAAAAACAAUGAAUAAAACUGUGUUUUCGUGCGCCUGCGAAUUUAUUGAUUUAUAAAAAGUCAACUUGUCAGCGAACGUAGUUGCAGGAGUAGCAGCAUCAACAACAGCAAAAUCAACGUUAACUUGUUCAACCGCCAAUUUGUGAUAAGUAAUACUUAAAAGAGCAUGCAUAAAGUACGAAACUAAAGCAAACGCAAUAAAACCGUAGUCUUCGACGUAAAAAUUCGUAAAAGUAUUAGGGAAACUUAGUUAGUAAUUACAAAAAAACAAAACACGAAAUAAGUGGAGUAUUAAAGAAACGAAGUAAGCUAGUCACAGAAACCGCGCCAAGAAGUUGAGAAAUAGCUUUACUUGUUACUGUAUGCAAGUUUAUUUGCAGAUUUAUUGCUAAUUUUUAUUAGAAGAAACUUAAAAAAACCACAAACAAAAUGUCAGAUCGCAAAGCAGUUAUUAAAAACGCCGACAUGAGCGAAGAAAUGCAGCAGGAUGCUGUUGAUUGUGCGACACAAGCCCUCGAAAAGUACAACAUUGAAAAGGACAUUGCCGCCUACAUUAAGAAAGAAUUCGACAAAAAAUACAAUCCCACAUGGCAUUGUAUUGUGGGCCGAAAUUUCGGAUCGUAUGUGACACAUGAGACACGUCACUUUAUCUACUUUUACUUAGGCCAGGUGGCAAUUUUAUUAUUUAAGAGCGGUUAAAAAAAUUUAACAACAACUACAACAAUAAAACCAAUCACAGCAACAGCAACAACAAAAUACCACAAUAACACACAUAUACACAUACUUGGAAAGCAACAACAAAAGAAAUUGUAGAAAAAAUUAAUCCUAAAUUUCAAGAAAAAAAGGCGUAAAGUAGAAAAAUAACAACAACAACUGGAGAAAUUAGCAGUCACAAUAUUUCAAAGUAAUAGUAUGAUGAAUCAGCAAGUGAGCAAAGCGGCAGGCGGAAAUGCAUUCGAAAACAAGCACAGUGCUAGUGAAAUGAUAAUGACAAAAUACGUUCCACACUGCGUUGCAGUGCAUAACGAUAGCUAUUAGCUGUGAUUUCUUGAAUUGUGCGAGCAGAAACUAUACGCCUGGCAGAUGUAAAGUGUGAAAUGAAAUAUUUUGGUUGAUAACCAGCAUUAUUUUGAUGAAGAUGAGCGUAAAGAGUUAGCUUCAGUUUACUUAUUUCAGACUGCGUACAUAAUAAGCUGCUCAUAUAACAUUUAUAACGUUAUGUUAUGUUGAACCUAAUUAAAAAAAGUUCAAUUGACAAAAAUGCGUUAAUCAUAGAUGUGGAAUCUAAUUGGAAUGUAUUCUCAGCGCUCGAUUUCUCACAAAAUUGCGUAUAUUUGGGAUUGCGGCGCACAGUCAACGCCUAAAAUAACGCACUCUAUGCUAACCAGCGUAUUUAGAAUAUUUUUGAAUUGUCCUAAUGCCAUUCAUGCACUCACUCCUGCCAUUCCCGCAUGCGCCGCUGACCAAAGAUCUACUACAAAAUUUUACACUGCAGAAAUUUAGCGAUUCACGGACUUGACAAAAGCAGCAACAUCAUCAACCACAACAACAAAUGCACUCUACUACUAUUAUGUGCACAAUACACCAACAACACAACCCACACCCGAACAGACAAUUGUUGUAAGGGAAAAACUUCGCAGAUUCAGUAAAAUGCAGAAAAUAGUAGAAAAUAUAGCAGAACUUGAAGAAAAAUAUAAUAAAAACAAAUCUCAAAUGGAAUCAUGGAAAAUUUAACAUUUUAUGCGUAUUUGUAUUAGUAAUAUCAGCAAGCAACAACAGCAAAUUAUAUAUAUAUAUACACACAUAUAUAUUUGUUAGUCUAAGUAACAAGAAAAAAGAAAAUCGAUGAAUAAAAAAAAUAAAUAUUUCAAAUUGCGUACACAACAGCAACAAACAUACAUACACACACACACAAAAGCAAAACACUUAACUGAUGAUAUACGGAGUGGAAGGCGAAAGAAAUGCAAAAAAAAGCAGAUGCACAACAUUCGAAUUAGAGAAAAUCUUAAUGAAAAUUGAAAUAUUGUAUGCGACCAGCAAAGUUAGAGAAUUAUAAAAGACAUAACUGAAUAUUUCCAUCCACAAUUAGCAAUGGGAAAAUUUAAUUGAAACUUGAACCAGAAGAAGGAAGAGUGACCGCUUAAGAAACAGUUGUUGUAGCAAUGUGUAAAGCAACAAUAAAAAACACAAACACGCAAACGGCGAGCAAAAAACACACUUGCAACACCUUUAUGUGAACGCAUACAAUAGCAAUAAUAACAACAGCAAAUACAUAUAAAACUAAAAGUUGAAUGCGAACAAAUGCAAAUGAGAAGGAGUGUAGUGUUGCGCUGUUGGCAGCAGCCAGGAGCGGUAAAUAUGCAUGCAGCAACAACAACAAUAGCAGCAGCAGCAACAGCGCAUAUAACAUACUAGGCUAAUAUAUUCGAAUUAAUGAUAUUUUCUUCUGUGAAACUUCUAUAUUUUCUUUUGUGUUAAAUAAAUUGUAAAUGUUUUUCUUUUUGAUUUGUAAAAUGAACAAAACAAAAUAUCGUUUUAUGAGAGAGAAAAAAAAUUAUCUAUUUUAACACACUUCUUACAUUAGUAAUUUAGUAGACGCCAUUUUACAAUUUAUUGAACAAGUGGAUGUGUGAGGGUAUUUUUUUGAAAUUUUUCCUAAAUUGGAAAUUGAUGAAAGAUAUGUGUUCAAAUAAUAAAUAUAAAUUUUAUUUUAAAAAAAUUUAA